AUGUCACUGGCCGGCUUUCGUUCUCUGGCACGAAAAAUCGUAUGCGUAGGCAGGAAUUAUAGAGAUCACGCUUUGGAACUCGGGAAUCCAGUCCCGACGAAGCCACUGCUUUUUGUCAAGUCGCCGAACGCUUUCGUACAAGAAGGUCAACCAAUCAUUACUCCUCCCGGAUGCGAGAAUCUCCACCAAGAAGUAGAACUUGCAGUUGUAAUCGGUAAAACUGCUAAGAAUGUACCGAAAAGUGAAGCGAUGGCCUACAUUGGUGGUUAUGCAGUUGCUCUGGACAUGACAGCAAGAGAUUUCCAGGACGAGGCCAAACAGAAUGGAGCUCCGUGGUAUCUUGCGAAGUCGUUUGAUACAUCAUGCCCUAUUUCCAACUUCAUCCCUAAAGAGGAGGUGAUUUUGUCGAUUAGAAUUUUUAUCCUCACUAGUUCGAUUAGUACGUUUUGA